AUGGAGCCUUCGGCGGGCUGCACCGGCGCCGCGCUCCUGCUCUGCUUCAGCUACGCCAGCCUGAUGCCCGUGGAGGCCGACGGCCCCUCGGCUCCAGUAAACGUCACCGUCAAACACCUGAAAGCCAACUCGGCCGUCGUGACAUGGGAUGUUCUGGAGGACGAAGUUGUCAUUGGAUUUGCCAUUUCCCAACAGAAGAAGGAUGUGCGGAUGCUGCGCUUCAUCCAGGAGGUGAACACCACCACCCGCUCCUGCGCCCUCUGGGACCUAGAGGAGGACACUGAGUACAUAGUGCACGUGCAGGCCAUCAGCAUCCAAGGGCAGAGCCCGGCCAGCGAGCCAGUCCUCUUCAAGACACCCAGGGAAGCGGAGAAACUGGCUUCUAAAAAUAAAGAUGAGGUGACAAUGAAGGAGAUGGCGAAGAAAAACCAGCAGCUGCGAGCAGGGGAAAUUCUCAUCAUUGUUGUGGUGUUGUUUAUGUGGGCAGGCGUCAUCGCCCUCUUUUGCAGACAGUACGAUAUCAUCAAAGAUAACGAGCCUAAUAACAGCAAGGAGAAAGCCAAGAGCGCCUCAGAGAACAGCACCCCCGAGCACCAGAGCGGAGGGCUGCUCCGCAGCAAGUUUCCCAAAAACAAGCCCUCAGUGAACAUCAUCGAAGCGUGACAGCCCUACCCGCUGAUCGAUGGACUCCAUUCCUCACUCUCGCUUUCUGCCUCUGAGCCUGGAUGACUAAGGGAGGUGAAAUACUGUUGGAGCAAUCUGGAAAGAGACCUCACGAUUGCCACUUGCUGGCACGAACCUCCUCGUCUUUAUCCUGUGCAAAGCAUCUGGCCAGAAGGAAAAAGCCUGCAAAAAGAAACCCAAAAACACAAAAGACACAAAAAUAAGACACCCCUAAAUGCAAAUAAAUAAUUAAGAUGGAAAAGCGUCGCUGAGACAGCUGCUGCCAGUGAUCCUUGUACUGGACUCGCGAAUCACCUCGGCUGGAGCGACUUCUCACUCCUUUCCACCCUCACACUCCAUCUUCGGGAACAAUUUUCCCAGCUUUGGAAAAGUACUUCCAAUACGGUUUGUGUCUUGAUUUUGUCUCACUGUCACUCCAUCUUGACAGUAGGUUAACAUGAGCUCAGGCAUCAGUCACUGUCACUCCUCUUCAAGCAGGCAAGAAAAGCUCAUCGCAGACACGAGGAGCAGCCGGAUCUCGGCCGCUCCGUGCUCUUGCUUGCUUUGUGCCAUCAAUGUGCGUUGUGUAACAAGUCUUGUGGACGGAUUUUUAAACAAAAAAAAAUGAGGAAAAAACAGAGGCAUACCCCAGUUUCCACCUAAACGCAGGAACUUUGCUGGUUGUUCUCCAGUCAGGCUGCAGCACACAACUCCACUGUUGUUCUCUCCUGUCUUGCACCGGUGGGAUUUCACCUCGGACGGUCAGGGCACUCCAGACACUGAGAACCUAACGUGAUAGGACACCUGAAGCUGCUGUUUUGCUUCCAGGAUAACUUGGAGCAUUUUCCUCAUGGUAUUUUUAGCUGGGCCCAAGUUCACCGACAGUGUGAUAAGAGGUCCAUUCAUGUAGCCAGUCAGCAAAAAAAAAAAAAAAGGGGCAGGGGAGUGAAAAAAAACUCGUGAUAUCGAUUGCUAUGCAAGGUCUCCAGGGGCGAUAGCUGUUUAUUGCAAAAGACUUGCCUAAAGGGCCUUUUUUGAGGGCUUAAGUUCCUAACAAGUUGCUUCUUUUAGCAGGGCUCCCCUGGGAAGGUCUGGUUCUCCUUACACGUCUCACCUGCACUAUUUUCCCGUGACGUUGUAAUGCCAGGUACUCCGUUCCGAGUGGGUCCUCCAGUAAAAGAAGGAUGACAAGUGGGAAGGGGAUGGGGUUCUCCUCUCUCUUUAAUAAGUGCCAAUGUUCGUAAGCUGACAGGAUCCCUGGGACUGCUGGUGCUCUGGAAGAUGGUAGAUGCAAGUCCUUCAGACGGAAAAAGACUUAUUCUUUGUAGUGUGCCACGGGGUAUCUGUAUUUAAUUACUCCACGAGACCACUCUGUACACACUAAGGAAUGAGGCAAGAUCCUAUUUCUUCCAUCAAAUACCAAGAGAUUAGCCUGAGCAGGACUCAAAUCUCAUGACAACUAACUUGCACUCCCAUAAGCCUGGUUGAAGAGUCAAAGAAAAGAAACAGGUUGGUGCUUCAGCCACC